AUGCGUUUCAGGCGUCCAGUGUUGCCAUCUCUCGGCAUCUCAGGCGGAAUAAAAGUGGAAGACGAGAAUGCCGCAACACUCAAUUCAUUUGAUCGUAAGACUUCAUCGGCUUACAAUACAUUAAUCACUGACUCUUCAUCUGCUAUCUCCGUACCUUCCCGAUGCAAAUCAGGGUCGACCGAACCCUUCUCGACUCCUGAACCUUGUUCUCCUCCAGAGUCUUUUCAGCCUCCUUCAGCGGUGCCUCAAGCCAAAGUCAGACGUCUAGAUGCCUCCUUGACACCACCCGAACAGCCAACAGCACCAACCUCAGUUCGGUUCCCUAACCUAGUUGCAGCUUACUCCCGCACCCCUCUAAAAAUAUCUGCCCAAACGCUCAACGGAGCGGACGGUUCAACGUUAGCAACUCCAUUAUCAAUUGAGAGGUCGUCUUCGCGUUCACCCACUGCCACCGCUUCGCCAUCUUUGAUCGACGAGGGGGGCUCAGGCGGUGGCUCCAGCUUGGAUGCGAUUGAAUCGGUGGAGCACGGUUCGGUGUAUGAAAAGCCGCCAUAUUCGUAUGCUCAGCUCAUCAUCCAAGCAAUUGUUUCAGCUCCAAAUCGUCGCCUUACCCUCUCUGACAUUUACAACUACAUCUCGACCCAAUUCCCCUACUACAAACCAAGCCAGAAGGGUUGGCAAAAUUCUAUUCGCCACAAUCUCUCCUUAAAUCGGUACUUCAUUCGAAUCCCGCGAGGUCAAGAGGAACCCGGCAAAGGGGCGUUUUGGCGACUCGAUCCCGAGUCAGAAGCUCAUCUGGUAGUUAAGGCCUUUCAAAAGCGGCGUCAGCGAUCCUACGCCGUUCCAGCUUACGUUGCCAGCGGCACCUCGCCUCAGAGUAAUUCCACAAAUUUAGCCUUCCAUGAGCAAGUUAAUGAUCAUCCAGCCUUUGGCGGAGCCACAAGUCGCCUUCCAAGUCUUCAUGAUUCCUCGAACUCGGCCUUCAAACGGACUUCCACCGUCGGUGAAACCAUUUCUGGCCUCUCUGUGGACUCUGGAGACGCAGCAUCCUUUCUGCAAAAAAGUGCUGUAGCGGGUUUGUCGAUCUUCAAGAAUCCUGCGACAGGCCUGUUUGCGCGGGAUGACAGCAUCCUGGCCUCAAGUCUCAUUCUCGCGGGGAAUUCCCUGAUGAACAACUUACAGCCCACAGGUUCUGGGCAGCCGCACUACGUUGCCGGUAGCCAGCACUCCAACGGGGUCUCGCAGCUCUACUCCCAGUUUCAAAAUUACUUUCAGACACAAAACGAAGCCUCCUUCUUCCCAGGCCUCUUCCCCUCUGCUGGCACCGUCGCCAGUUCCACUGGCGCGCCGACUCCAGUGCAGGCUGACGGUGAGGUAAAAGUCUCGCGACAAAUGCCAAACCUCAGUGCCUCACUCCUGCGAAGUCGCUCCGGCUCACUCAGUCGACGGGCUUCGGCUCCGGAUUUACAAAAAUUGUCCAGCAAUGGAGAGUCGUCUGUCGCUACUGCCACGGGUGUGACCAUGGGCGGAACACUCACUUCCCUGAUGUCCCAAAAGGGCACUGAACAGCUAGUUCGAGCUCUUCGCGGAAGUCUUCUCAUCGAGCCUUCGUCGGUAGGCAGCGACCGGAGUCAACUAACCGGUUGCCUUACCCCUACAAACAUAGCCGCAACACUCAGCUCAACUCAGCCACCAACUCAAGCGAGUUCCGAGGCUGAAUUGUACCAAUCGCCUGUUCGGAGGCCGGGAAGUUCUUCCAACGUGUUUCCCCUUCCAAGCGAUGAUGACGAAGAGACCCUCUUCGUCCACGACGGGGCCCCGAUUGCACUGACGCCCUCAUAA